GAUGCUCAGUUCGAAAUGAAACGGAACAGUUUGCAAGUCGCCGGCACCGCGCAUGGUCGACUCAAGCAGACAGUUCGUAACGCUCAAUUCGUGAAUUUAUUAUAACUUUUUAAAACUGUUAUAUUUACACAACUUUACUAUUAAAAUAGUGCCUUAUUUAUGGAUGUGCUGGUGUAUGCAUGGAUUAACAGCUACAAACAACUGAACGUCGAAGCAAAGUGACUACGAACUAUCGACUAGGUUUAAGUGAUAUAAAAAGUGUUCUUAUAUAAAUAUAAGUCUAACAUAUAUACUUAAUUAAAAUAAAAUAUUUAAGAUACAUCUUUUUAUCUUUUUGGAGAUCUUACAAAUUAUCAUUGCUGGCAACACUUUCAACAUAGCUGUCAUCCUGCAGUGUCUAUUCUACGUUUACGCAAGAUGAUACAAAUUACUAGGUAUUGCAACGCGACGUGGAAUGUCACGGGCGCAUCGUGAGCUCGGUGGUGCGGCUGUGCGGUGGUGGCGACGCGGCCCGCGCUCUAGAACGCCGCUGGCACCUCCUCUACCUGCGCGCUAUUGAGUGGCAGUGCCAUCUUGAAGCCUGCCUAGCGAAGACCGACAACCAGGGUUGCAUAUCAAUAGAAGAGGCGAGCGACAGUGACGAGGAGCCGGCUCUUAAGCAACCUCGGCUGUGCAGACGUGGCUCACCACGGCGACUCCGCACACCGCAACCUAGGAAACGCAACCGUUCAUUCGACAGCCGGCAGUCUGCCUCAGAGGAGGAAACAGACGAUGUGCUGACGUGCACCUGGGGUGGCUUCGAAUCGGACUACUCGUGGACUCGGCGCGCGGACAGCAUGGAGCAGGACGAGCACCGCGUGCCCGACCUCACGGACAGUGGUCCCAAUGAAACGCUGCGACGUCUGCACGACCUCAGUACGCAGGAAACUGAAACGAUGAAUUUCCACGAGCAAGUAAAAACACCACCGACGGUUGUUAAGAGGAAGAAACCAGUAGACACGUCCAAAUUCAAUCAGUCCGAUAGAAAAUCGAAGAACUGUGCCACUUUUUACUUCAGGCAUCAUGAUACCGAUUCUGAUGGAAGGCAAAUGAUCGAGACGGACGAAAAGUCACAAGAAUCCUCGGAGGAAGAAUGGACGUACGUCGGUAGUCCAAAGAUCGCCAACGAAGAUUCCACUGACCUCAUGACGUCAUCAGUGGAGAUCCAGUACGAGCUCCCCGUUGACGAGAAAAAAGAAAAACCGCCUUCACCCAAACCUAAGUUGGAAUCGAAUACACCGGACCUCAUCAAAGUAGACGCUAGAUGUAAGGAUAUCGAAAGACUGGUUAUUCAGGCAGAGGAAUUAGUUCAGAAGCAAGCACAGCAGCAAAUGAAGAAGAAAGGAUCGAGAAGCUUCAAGCCGCUUAUGUUCGAAGAGGAGGGGAAAUCUGUCAGCCGAGUGAAGAUGUCCCGGAUAAAGGAGUGGCUAAAUCAGAGCACGGAAGGCGAACGUUCGAAGAACGAUAGCAAUCAGUGCACGGAAAGCUACGAUGCUUCGGGUGAAUACACCACGGAGAGUGAAGUGGACACCUCGUUGACUUCUGAAGAGCGCAACUUACAUUCGUCGAUGGACAUGAGCACGUCCACUUGUACCGUCACCCCAACACAUCAGGCCAAGGUGCAGCUGCGCAAGAAGCGCAGCGGGCCGCGGCCGUGGUCGGUGUCGUGCCUGUCGCAGCUGCCGGCGCCGCCGCCGCCCGCCAUCUCGCACAACAUGUCCAUCUCCGAGUCCGCGCUGCACACGCUCGCCGCGCCGCCCGGCCCGCACGCCCCCUCCCCCUCCCCCUCGCACUCCAACGGCAAGCUGCGCGGCAGCAACACCACGGUACAGGGUCACGUGUCAAGCACCAACACAAUGACGGAGGCGUGUACGUCUUGCGUCGAAGCGAACGAGAAGCAGUGUUGGCUUCGGCGUAAACGGCUCAAGCUUCGGAAGCACAAUGCUUCCGAGAGACGCGAUAGGCUCGUCAAGUCGCUUUCUUUCUGCGGGAGACUGAGUCCUGAAAUAGAGGAUAAGAAUGAGAGGAGUGCUGCUAGCGAUCCGGCCACCAGUAGAAAGAAUAGAUUCGACACAACAUCCACCUCCGGCAACGACAGUGACGAAGAAUUGAUCAAACAACAGCUAGCCACCAUCGCUCAUUUACGCAAAAGUAUUGAAAAAACACACAUAUCCACGAAGGAACCCGACAGUGCCAUCCCUGAACAGAACGAGCCGGAAAUUGUGACGCCCAGCUUCAAACUUGGACCAGAAGGGGGGCCUGUUAGACCCAGACUGACUAGGAGUACAGAAAGAGAAAGGUCCUUCAUAGCUCUGAGCUUAGGAGACCCCAGUCAGCUUUGGGAUCUGUGUAUAGACAAGGAUUCCGAUGUGGAUAAGAGUGUAACGGCCGGCACUGAGGAGCACAGCUCGUUUUCGGAGCAGGCUUGGGAUUUCUACCAGGAAAAAUACAACUCGGAACCAUAUUCUGAGGCCCCAGACUCUGAUGCCGCCAGAAGACUACUCGAAUUUGGAGAUGACUACCGUGCCUACCUUGACUCGCAAUCAGACUGUUGUUCCAGUCUAUCAGCUCAACCGGAACAGGAUCGAAGCCCCACAGGCACUCGACGUCGCAGACCUCCCUCCGAAAUGUCUCGAGAAAGAAGCCUUCCCCGUUACAAACGACCCACUAGAACCUCACCAGUUGAAUCACCUCUCAGAAAACCGAAAAAGUCAAUAUCAAGCGCUGAACGCAAAAAGAUGCUGCUAGAUAGUUUAGAAAAGUCCAGAAAUAGUGUAGAGAGCAACGAAAGUCUUCGCAGACGCAAACAGUCAGAAAGCGAACGCAAAAACAAACGCUCGCCCGAAUUCGAUCUUCUCAACAUUCAAGCAUUGAGCCGAAGGCGUCACAGUUCCAACCUGACCAGUGACGAAGUUAACAGUUCCCUAGAGUAUACCGAAGUGAACAACCGGCCUGAUAUCUUAGACUCUUUAAAUAGAAGAAGAAAGAAUACGGACAAGGAUGGAGAUAGUGAGCUACAAAAGGUAGCAUUGUCAGAGUUACGACGAAGGUCAACCGAAGGCGCCGAUUCGGAGGACGACGCGUCAAGUCCUAAGAAGCACAGUAGAAGGAACUGGGAGGGAGACUCCGAUUCGGAGUCCGAAGAGGUCAGAUCUCUUAUACGGAGGUCCAGUUCGCAGCUGGAAGCGGCCGAAGCGGCAAUGGCGAGGCAAGAUUCGUCGCCGGAUCUCCUCCGCGCCUUCGACUACGUAAGGACACAAUUCGAUACCGAUUAUAGUAGUUGUACUGAGGCGGAGGACGAUUUUGCGUGCGUGACUGCUCGUCGCCCCGCAUGUUUGAGAGCUAGAAUCUGUCUCGCUGUAGCCGCCUUUUCAAUUUUAGUCAUAGUUUACAUACAUCUACAAUGACAUUUGGCUUGGGCUUGUGUGAUAUUUAUCCUUAUCUAUAUAAGUAUACGUAUUAAGUACGCUGCGAUUGUCAGGCUGCGAAUUAGAAAUGUCCACUUUUGCACGCAUCAACGACACGCGCAGAAGUGUUGAAGCGCGGUAGUAUUAUUCAAGCAUUCCAUUUAAAAGCAAUUUAAAGUAUAUAGGGUUAGUUUUAUAUUGUACAAAUUGUAGCAUUUAUAUAAAAUGCACGUAAAGUCUGACAAACGCAGUCAAUUAUUUAACUUUUCUACAAAAUGUGUUGUACUAUAGUCCCAUUGGUAGCUGUCAAAUUCUAAAUUUGAUAGCUCUCAAACCUUUUACUCGUAAUUAACACCUAUCCUAAAGUAUUCCUUGAUUAUUUUAAUGUAAACACUCUAUUCUCAUUCGAUUUUCCACGUAAUCACAUAAUUAUAAUAAUACUUAGUUGUUCUUAUUUGUGAAAUAGUGAAACUUUAUUAUCGACGUAGUGAAUUUACGUAUUUAAAAAAGUCACGUUUUCUUGUAACAAUCCACCGCCGAGACUGCAUGAGUAAUGAGUAUAUACUCUUAAUUAACCUACUUAUGUAAAAUAUAAAAUAAAAGAAAAAUGAUAUGUCGUAAAGAAGUUUCACUUCGUACGUGUGUACAAAAUUACGCGCACAAUUUUCUUUAUAUUAAAAUAUCAAUGAGAAUUUUUUUUUAAUUAUAUUAUACAUAAGUUGGGAAUUUGAACUUUAAAUAAAUAUACAUACAAUAUACUUUUAAAUAAGAUUAGCAGAACAGUGCUUACAUUCGCGGAAAAUCGGAUUAUAACGGACUUUACACAGGUAGCUUCACUUUAUCUAAAGUGUACUAAAUAUUUAAAGUGAAACUACCAAGAUUAUGAAAUUUCGUAUUUAUUUUGUCCCGUGUGUUUUAUUUCCUUAUUUUAUUUGUUUAAUUUUCUUUUAUACUAACAAUGUUUGAUGGCCUUGUGUUUGUGAUUUAUGUAGCUAUGAUUUUUACUAACUGCUUGUUUUAUUAUUAUUAUUUUCUUUUAAAGAACAUCCUAUCCUUUGUUGGUGGUGAUAACUCGGUGCUAGAUCAUACCUAACUUUUAGAUAUAUUCGCGUAACAUAAUACAAAUGCAUAUAUCUAUUCAAGUUAAAUGCGGUUUUAAGCGGCGGCCUUGUGCUUAAUAAACAGUUACCAGUGACAAAAAACGACUAAAUUUUGAUGGCAGCUGUCAAAUGUAAUUAUUUGAUGCUUACAACGUGAUUCGGAUACCAGAAAUCUAGCUAGUUAUGGUAUUUAAAUUAUUUUAUUUAUGAUAUAGUUAAAUAUUUCGAAAUGAGAGUAAGAGUUCUUGUCAUUGCGUGAUAUAAUUUAAAGUGUAACCUGAAGUUAGGAAAAAUUAAGGUUAUUUUUGUUAUAUAAUUUUAAAUGAUAAGGUCUCGCAUAAUAUUAUUAAUAUUUAUGUGAUUUGACUGAACUCCGCAAUAUCUCACAGUGUGGCUUUGUAAAUGUACUAAUCAUUAUGUUGAUUAGGGUUAGGUUGUUAAUUGAUCUUUUACAAAAUGUUAAAAAUUAAAGUGAACUUUGUAUAAUUGUUUACAACAAUAAAUAUGUCGGUUUUGAAAGU